GUCGUCCCGCCCCAUCCCACUGAAAGACAGCAGGUUGCAUUCAGCGAGUUGUUGGCCAGAAGCAAAUAUCUUAGAGCUGUAAGAUCUUUGGCCAGAAGGGAACGGCAAGAAUGUUUGCUGGGGACAAGGAAUGCGAUCUAUUGAGCGGUUUUCAACCCCCUUUUGAACAUUUUUCCACGCAGGCUCUUCACGUGGGGCAGGAUGCCGAACAGUGGACCUCGAUGGCAGUUGUGCCCCCGAUUUCCCUGUCAACCACUUUUAAGCAGGUUACACCAGGGAAGCAUGCGGGCUUUGAAUAUAGCCGCAGUGGAAAUCCUACACGGAACUGUUUGGAGAAGGCUGUUGCAGCACUUGAUGGAGCAAAAUACUGCAUGGCAUUUGCAUCUGGUUUGGCAACUACGAUGACUAUUGCCCACCUGCUGAAGUCCGGUGAUGGCAUUAUUUGCAUGAAUGACGUAUAUGGAGGUACCAACAGAUACUUUCGCAGUGUUGGAUCUGAAAUGGGUUUGCAAACCUGUUUCAUUGACUGCACGUCAUUGAAGUGCCUGAGGGAAGCAAUUAAACCAAACACCAAGCUUGUCUGGAUUGAGACUCCGACUAACCCAAUGAUGAAUGUUACUGACAUCAAAGCUUGUGCAGAGUUGGUACACAAGCGCGGAGACAUCAUUAUGGUGGUGGACAACACCUUCAUGUCACCUUAUUUCCAGCGUCCUUUGGCCCUUGGUGCUGAUAUUUGCAUGUAUUCUGCAACAAAGUAUAUGAAUGGUCAUUCUGAUGUAGUCAUGGGGUUGGCUUCCACGAAUCGUGAUGACCUGUAUCAAAAAUUGAAGUUCUUGCAAAAUGCUAUUGGUGCUGUUCCAUCUCCAUUUGAUUGUUUUUUGUGUAACCGUGGUUUAAAGACAUUAUCCCUACGAAUGAGGCAACACUUCAAAAACGGACUGGCUGUUGCCCAGUUUUUGGAGGCAGAUCCUCGGGUAGAGAAGGUCCUUUUCCCAGGGCUCCCUUCUCAUCCACAAUACAAGCUGACAAAGCAGCAGUGCACUGGGACUUCUGGCAUGAUAUCUUUCUUAAUUAAAGGAAAUCUGGAAAAUGCCAAGAUAUUCCUGGAGAACCUCAAAAUAUUUUGCCUUGCCGAGAGUUUGGGAGGAUAUGAAAGCCUGGCUGAGCAUCCGGCGAUUAUGACGCAUGCUUCUGUCCCAGUGGAGGAGCGCAAAGCAUUAGGGAUCAGUGAUACCCUAAUCAGAUUAUCCGUUGGUUUGGAGGAUGUGGAGGACAUCAUUGAAGACCUACAUCAAGCUCUAAAAGUGGCACAUCCAAACGUGGUAACAUCGCCCAUAUAAAGCAACGUGUUCCUUGGAAGAAAUGUGAUCACAAAUAGGGAACAGACCUCAAGAAGAUUGGCAAAAAUGUUGAAUCAAUUGCAACGUUUGAGUUAAUUUCAACCACUUGAAUUGUUUUAAUCUGAUUGUAACAGAUGAAUAGCAAAUUUAUGGCUAUUUGAUAUUUAGUUUACUGAAUAGAAAAUGAUUAAUUCAUUUUUAAAUAACAAAAUUUUAUCUUUCUUGGGAAUGACGGGAGAGAACUAUAAAACUAUUAAAUAUUAUUGAAGUCAAA